AUGAAUUGGGAGGUUUUAGAAGCCAAGAUCGAGAAGUGGAUCCAUAACAUGCGAAUAUCUGUGAAACUGUUGUUUGCUCCUGAAAAGAAAAUAUGCGACCACAUACUCGAUGGUGUUGAGUCGCUCAGAGAUCAAGCUUUUGCUGAACUCACUGCAAAUAGUUUUGCUAUGCUGUUGAGUCUCGGAGAUGCUACUGUUAAAAGCAAGAGAUCACCGGAAAAACUGUUUCCCUUGAUAGAUAUGUUUGAGACAAUGAGAAAGCUUGAGCCCGAGGUAAAUUUACGUACGCUAAUUCUUGUUCGUAUUUUCAGAAGCAAACCUUGUACCGAGAUGAAAGAAGCUACGCAGAACCUGAGAAAACUACUGGCUAAGACAGGGCAAGAAACUUUUACUGAUUUCGAAGCAGCGGUUAAAAAGGACGAGACUAAAAGCAUUGUUGUGGAUGGAUCCGUACAUCCGCUUACUAGCUACGUCGUAAACUACAUCAAGUACUUGUUCGGUGUUUCUACACGUGGAAACAGCUACCAAGCGACGUUGAGUCUAAUUUUUCAAGAGUUCCACAAUGUGGAUCCUCAUCAUACAGAUCCUAAAUCCGUGUUGAUGAGGAUCAUAGAGGGUUUACAUAACAAUCUUGAUGAUAAAUCCAAACAGUCAGAAGCUAGGGACUUGUUGGGUGAUGAUUGGGUUCAAAUACAUCGAAGAAUCGUGCAACAAUACGCAAAACAGUACAAGAAAGUUUCCUGGGAAAAGAUUUUGCAGUGUCUCGUGGUUAGGUCGAGUGCGAGUGGUCCGAUAGAGAACUCAAAUAUAACAAGAGAGUCAGUAAAAGAAAGAUUCAAGAGUUUCAAUUCUCAGUUUGAAGAGCUUCACCAGAGACAAUGCCAAUGGAUAGUUCCGCACAGAGAGUUGCGUGGAUCCCUUAGGGAUUCUGUUACCAAAGUCAUCGUACCUGCCUUUGAAUUAUUUCUCAAACGUUUCGGGCCGAUGAUGGAGAGUGGUAAGAACCCACAGAAAUACAUAAGAUUCACUUCUAAAGAUCUUGAGCGAAUGCAUAACGAGUUCUUCGAAGGCAAGAAGAGAUUAAAAAAAAAA